UUCCCUCAUCUAUCUCCAACACUGAAUCGACAAUUUUACAUACAACAACUAGCACCUCCUGCAAAAAAAAAAAAAAGACUACCUCAAUCACAAUGCACAGAAAUUCAUCUCAUGCCAGGUCUAGAAGUUUGCCAUCAAUAUCUCAUCCCACUGUAUCAAAAGCGGAGGAGCUUCUCUGCAGACUAAGGAGCUCAGAAGCUGUUAGACCCUCUCCAUCGGCAUCAUCAUCAUCUAUAUGUCACGAUCUGAUUGAUCUCAACAACUUGUAUGAAUGUGUUGAGGAUUUGCUUCAGUUGCCAUUGACGCAGCAAGCCCUCACUGGUCAGGACAGAAACUCAAAAUGGGUUGACCAAGCGUUGGAUGAGUCUCUCAUGCUGGUUGAUGUGUGUGGUACUACUAGGGAUGUCUUGUUGGAAAUGAAGGAGUCUGUACAAGAACUUGAAUCAGCUCUCCGUAGACGAAAAUGUGGAGAAUCUGUUGCAAGUGAAGUGGCUGCAUAUAACUCCUCUAGAAAGAAGGUGAACAAGGUGAUCAGCAAAUGCUUGGGAGAUCUGAGAAAAAUUGAGAACAACAACUCUGCUCUGUUAGAAGAAGAACCUGAAGUUGCUUCGAUUAUCAGACAAGUUGAAGGAAUCACUCAUUCCAUCUUUGAGUCCAUAUUGUCCCUCUCAAUUGGAUCCAAAGCCCGAUGUGGUUGGUCGUUGGUUUCAAAAAUGAUGCAUACCAAAAGUUUCAAUAGUCAAGAGAAGGUAACGGGUGUUGGCGAAUUUGAGAAGGUAGAAGUUGCAUUGAAGAGCUUGUCAUGCAAAGAGAUUGGCAUCAGGCAAGUGCAGAAGCAAUUGGUGGAUUUGGAAAUAAGCAUUCAAGGUUUUGAAGAUGGAUUGGAGUGUGUGUUUAGGCAUUUGAUGAGACAUAGAGUUUCACUUCUCAACAUUCUCAGCUACUAAUUAAUAUGUCAUCAUCUCCAUUAGCAUCCCCAUUUUUGUUUACAAGGAAAUGCCUCCUGUUUAUACUAGUACAUGAUAUAGAUAUGUAUAGCAAAUGCAAUUCAAAUAAAUUUCUAGAUCAAAUCUUGCCCAAA